AUGUCUGAUGCGGACGUGAGCGUGUCGAACGGGGGUAUUUGCGCAGACCACACUGCGCUGUGCUUUGCUCGCCUAGGUCAACGCGCUACUUUCGCUUACCGGCCCGAGCGGUGGCUGUUACUUUCAAAGUGUGAUGGUUUUUCGAAAGGCGUCGCGUCUGUUGUCUCCGUUCCAGUGUGUUCACCCAGCGUUUGGGAUAGGAACACGAACGUAGUUCUCCAUACCCCAGCCUUUCCGAGAGCCGUUGUCCGUCCGCUCCGUCGGUAA